AUGGGGUUUCCCUUUUCUACUCGAUCUUCAUGAAUUGCCCGUUACUAUGUUUUGUCUGUUAUGAUUCUUGCACAGGGAGCAAAACAAGCGCCAUUGGUUACUAUUUCGUCGGGACUGUGCAGAGGAAGGAAGGAAGGAAACGGCCAGCGACCUCGUUUCGUGUCGCCAAUAGGAGGUUGCCACAAGAGCAGAUACCGUACAUAUCUGCAACACUUGCUUUGCUUUUCCGCGGGUGCUUUGUGGCAUAGUGCUGAAGCUUUUGAUUUCCCCAUAAGAAAUCAGUUUCAGUGAU